AUGUUACUCUAUAUGACGCUACCCUCUAUUUCAGGUUUCUCCCUAGCUGUAUUUUUACCGUACCUCUGUAAGAUGGCUCUAUUUAUCCCGCUGAAGCAUAUUGCUUUCCCUGCCAUCAUCUUUGCUUACAUUCAGAUAGCAAGCGUUUUGCUGCUCGUUCUGCCAAUCUUCUCGCUUCUGGCAUGGAGUCGACUUGGAUGGCAUUCCGUGCAUUACGGAGGUUGUCUGGCUACAGCAGUAAUGUUUGGUAUUUUCCUUCUCAUCAACUACGACGAGGUAUCAAAUGAGAAAGCUGCAAGGGAAAGCACCUUCAACGCACUCUUCACGUACGAGAGGUGCCGCUCACGCAUAAUCACAUUACGGCUACCCUAUUUAUCAAUUUAUCAAGACAUUCGUGUUUGGUCUACGUUCAUAGCGGCGUUCGGCUAUUUUACGGCUCUCAAUCUCUACCUCACGUUUGGAGCAACAUUCCUAAACAAGGUGGUUUCGCUGCCGAUUGUUUCCACCGGUUUGCUUCUCGCCAUUCCACCUGCUUCAAAUACUGUCAUAAGUUUCGUAACCUAUGGGCUGUUCUCGAAACUUGCGAACACUGAGAUCAACAAAAUGCGGUUUUUCAAUUCACUUGGUACUGUACCAUCGGGUGUACUAUUCGCCAUGAUUGGCCUCUUCAAUCCGGAACUUCAGCCGGCAUCUGUGACGGUAUUAUAUGCAGUACUACUCCUCAUUACUUCGGAUAGCAACCAUAAAACUUUUUGGUCACAUGGGUGGAUGAAUUCAGCCCUCUCACUGCGCUUUGCUCAUUGGUGCGUUACGCCUGCCUAUGACGCUAGGAUAAGGUGGGGGUCCAAUGGUGGACGUGGCAUCGCUCAGCGACCAGUGUGGAAUAGUUUCGUUAAAUAUUCAAUUUAUCACUGCAUGUUAGACUCACUGUAG